GCCCUGGGGGCUUCCCCGAGCCCCUGCGGAGGCCAUCUCCGUUCCUCCGCGAGCCCCAGGACUCCGGCCGGCCCGGCGGCUCUGCCCAGGCCGGGCAGGCUGGGGACUGGAGGGCCCCGGUUGAGUCUUCUUGCCACCCCUCUGGGCCAUGCCUUUGUGCCACCUUCCCGCGCGGCUCGUACAUUCAGUUCCGGUCCGUGGUUUGCUAAGAAGGCCAUUUUCAACUCUCCACUGGAGGCUGCUAUGGCGUUCCCUCACCUGCAGCAGCCCAGCUUUCUACUGGCUAGCCUGAAAGCUGACUCUAUAAAUAAGCCCUUUGCACAGCAGUGCCAAGACUUGGUUAAAGUCAUUGAGGAUUUUCCAGCAAAGGAGCUGCACACCAUCUUCCCAUGGCUGGUAGAGAGCAUUUUCGGCAGCCUAGAUGGUGUCCUCGCUGGCUGGAACCUCCGCUGCUUACAGGGGCGCGUGAAUCCCGUGGAGUACAGCAUCGUGAUGGAAUUUCUCGACCCUGGUGGCCCAAUGAUGAAGUUGGUUUAUAAGCUUCAAGCUGAAGACUAUAAGUUUGACUUUCCUGUCUCCUAUCUGCCUGGUCCUGUGAAGGCGUCCAUCCAGGAGUGCAUCCUCCCUGACAGUCCUCUGUACCACAACAAGGUCCAGUUCACCCCCACUGGGGGCCUUGGUCUGAACCUGGCCCUGAAUCCGUUCGAGUAUUACAUAUUCUUCUUUGCCUUGAGCCUCAUCACUCAGAAGCCACUCCCUGUGUCCCUCCACGUCCGUACUUCAGACUGUGCCUAUUUCAUCUUGGUGGACAGGUACCUGUCAUGGUUCCUGCCCACUGAAGGCAGUGUGCCCCCGCCACUCUCCUCCAGCCCAGGGGGGACCAGCCCCUCACCACCUCCCAGAGAUAUGGGGAUGCCUUGCUGUGUUGCCCAGGCUGGUCUUGAACUCCUGGCCUCAGCAGUCUUCUGCCUCAGCUUCCCAAGUAGCUGGAAUUACAGGACACCAGCCAUGCCCUUUGCUUCCUAUGGCCUCCACCACACUAGCCUCCUGAAGCGACACAUCUCUCAUCAGACGUCUGUGAAUGCAGACCCCGCCUCCCACGAGAUCUGGAGGUCAGAAACUCUGCUCCAGGUUUUUGUUGAAAUGUGGCUUCAUCACUAUUCCUUGGAGAUGUAUCAAAAAAUGCAGUCCCCUCACGCCAAGCUGGAGGUUCUGCACUACCGACUCAGUGUCUCCAGCGCCCUCUACAGCCCCGCCCAACCCAGCCUCCAGGCCCUCCACGCCUACCAAGAGUCGUUCACGCCUACUGAGGAGCAUGUGUUGGUGGUGCGCCUGCUGCUGAAGCACCUGCACGCCUUUGCCAACAGCCUGAAGCCAGAGCAGGCCUCACCCUCCGCCCACUCCCACGCCACCAGCCCCCUGGAGGAGUUCAAACGGGCCGCUGUCCCGAGGUUCGUCCAGCAGAAACUCUACCUCUUCUUGCAGCAUUGCUUUGGCCACUGGCCCCUGGACGCAUCGUUCAGAGCUGUCCUGGAGAUGUGGCUGAGCUACCUGCAGCCGUGGCGGUACGCGCCUGACAAGCAGGCUCCGGGCAGCGACUCCCAGCCCCGGUGUGUGUCGGAGAAAUGGGCGCCCUUUGUCCAGGAGAACCUGCUGAUGUACACCAAGUUGUUUGUGGGCUUCCUGAACCGUGCGCUCCGCACAGACCUGGUCAGCCCCAAGCAUGCGCUCAUGGUGUUCCGAGUGGCCAAAGUCUUUGCCCAGCCCAACCUAGCUGAGAUGAUUCAGAAAGGUGAGCAGCUAUUCCUGGAGCCAGAGCUGGUCAUCCCCCACCGCCAGCACCGACUCUUCACAGCCCCCACAUUCACUGGGAGCUUCCUGUCACCCUGGCCACCAGCGGUCACUGAUGCCUCCUUCAAGGUGAAGAGCCACGUCUAUAGCCUGGAGGGCCAGGACUGCAAGUACACCCCGAUGUUUGGGCCCGAGGCCCGCACCCUGGUCCUGCGCCUCGCUCAGCUCAUCACACAGGCCAAACACACAGCCAAGUCCAUCUCUGACCAGUGUGCGGAGAGCCCGGCUGGCCACUCCUUCCUCUCGUGGCUGGGCUUCAGCUCCAUGGACACCAAUGGCUCCUACACAGCCAACGACCUGGACGAGAUGGGGCAAGACAGCGUCCGGAAGACAGAUGAAUACCUGGAGAAGGCCCUGGAGUACCUGCGCCAGAUAUUCCGGCUCAGUGAAGCUCAGCUCAGGCAGUUCACACUCGCCUUGGGCACCACCCAGGAUGAGAAUGGAAAAAAGCAGCUCCCCGACUGCAUCGUGGGUGAGGACGGACUCAUCCUUACGCCCCUGGGGCGGUACCAGAUCAUCAAUGGGCUGCGAAGGUUUGAAAUUGAGUACCAGGGGGACCCGGAGCUGCAGCCCAUCCGGAGCUAUGAGAUCGCCAGCUUGGUCCGCACGCUCUUCAGGCUGUCGUCUGCCAUCAACCACAGAUUUGCAGGACAGAUGGCGGCUCUGUGUUCCCGGGAUGACUUCCUCGGCAGCUUCUGUCGCUACCACCUCACAGAACCUGGGCUGGCCAGCAGGCACCUGCUGAGCCCUGUGGGGAGGAGGCAGGUGGCCAGCCACACCCGCGGCCCCAGGCUCAGCCUGCGCUUCCUGGGCAGUUACCGGACGCUGGUCUCACUGCUGCUGGCCUUCUUCGUGGCCUCUCUGUUCUGCGUCGGGCCCCUCCCAUGCACGCUGCUGCUCACCCUGGGCUACGUCCUCUAUGCCUCUGCCAUGACACUGCUGACCGAGCGGGGGAAGCUGCACCAGCCCUGAAGGUGUCAGCUGCUUUCAGAGUAGGCUGGAGGGAUUUGCCACACAGCCCCACCCUUGGGCCUGAGAGGACCUGGGAAGCCCCUCCAGGAGGGAACACGGUCAUCCUCGGGUUUCUGGAGUGGGGUUCCUGCAGCCGCAGAGGCAUCUAGAGGAAACGCAACCAAGAAGGGAAGGCAGGUGGGCCCCAGCAAAGGAGUGGCUACCAGGGCUCAACAGCCACGCUCUGUGACAGCGCAGAGCUCAGCGCCGGCUUUUCCCUCCCUCUGCCAAGGAGUCAUGGCCAAGCCAGCUCUCGGGGCCUUUUUUCCAGUGCCCAUUUGGGUACUCUGCUGCACCAAGCUAGGGAGCCAGCCUGCCAACAGCCCCCUGGGCCUGGCCUCCCCACUGGCUGGCCUUGAGGUGGGCAGAGUGGGUUGUGGCGCCUCCUCUCCCUGUGUGGGACCAGGACGGUGGCUCAAGUCUCCACUCCAGGAAAGAAUCAAAGUUUCUAGAGUUGUGAGAAAACUAGAGAGUGGCUCUCCUGAUUCUUCGCUGUGGGGGGCAUUCUUCAUGUUCUCCCAGCUGUUCCAAGACUGGGCCGUAGAAUUCCAUGUUUCAGGAGCCUAAGACCCUCCCAGAGCCCGGGUGCUUCACCGCCAGACCCCCAGCCAUUGAGCACAUCACCCAAAGCAGUGGCCAACAUCGCGGACCCCUGUGCCUUGUCACAGAUGGGUGCUGGUCCUCAGGCGUUGGGGACACUGCUGGGUCGAUGGGGUCGGAUUCUGCCAGUUUCUGCUCUGCAUCCAAAGAUGGUCAGAAGCAUUCUCACUUCACUAACAUCAAGUGCUCAAAGACAUGGCAACCGUUCAAUGGUACUUAAGUAUUCAAAAUAGACAACUACAGAUUCUCUGACAGAAACCAGCACGGGGUCUUCACCUUCAUUCACCCCACAGACGACACGCGAGGGAGAACAGCAUCUCAGUGGUGAUUUCCAAACCAAGCCUUCGUUUUCAGUGUGGGGUUUUGGGGGUUUGCUUUAAUGUUUUUAAAAUUGUAAAUGUUGGGCUUUGUAUUUUGAUGUAAACUGAGAAUAAUGGCAUUUUAGGGCCUGGGACCAAAAAUCAAGCUUGUAACUCGACCAUGGAUCUGAAUAAACCUGUCCUUGCUUCUGA